AUGACAUCGUCGCCGAAUGAUAAGGCUGCUGUUGUGCGCCCUCCUUGGUCGAUCGAAAUUCUCAUCCUCGCCGCUCCAACGACGCCUCCUCCAUCGACGUCAUCGUGGACCCCAGCCCCAACCUCUGGUUCUAUCUCCACACCCCAACUACCCUUGGUCCACGAACGACCCUCCACCGCUCAGCGGCAACGUCACGUUGAUGAAGAAGAAGCCUUCGCAGUUGAUGAAUAA